AGCUUGCUUUUUUUCUCAGGUCUCGUGAAUUGCAAUUUUGGUCCUUUUAAUCUCCAUUAAGCAGGGAACCAAUGGCAUGACAAUGAUCUCCUUACAGGGUGCUGUUUCGGACUUGGCACGUAUAAGCAUUACGAGCAUCAUUUAUCGGCUGUACAACCUCCCACGCAAGUGUCAACUGACAAGUCCAACGGGGCCUCCAUAUGACUAGAGAGCUGGGCAGGGUAUGCUUAUCUUGACUUGCAAGUCACGAGCUAGACGACAUAUGGGCUUCUUCGUCUGCCCGUUUUGAACUCUACGCAAUCCAGCUGAUAGAGAGAUAACCAACCGGGUUUAUGGAAUAUGGACGGCACAUAUGACUACCCACGGCCUGGUAGCUGCCAAUGAAUUGGUGAUGAUGUUGACCAUGGUGAGUUUUCACAGCUCUGCCCAGGGAAUUGCCCACGCGAACAACCAAAAGCUAUCCCGUGAAGGAUGGGAUCGCCAGAUCGUCCUGUCUAGUUUGGGCCCUAAAGUCCUGGAUUACCCGAUAAAGCACGACCCCGGGUCUUGUCAGUGGUUAGCGGGUAAGACGUGAUAUGUAGGGUGACUGCGUGAGAAGGAGGGGUAAACGGACAUUAACUGGCGCUGAUUUUCUGCGAGCCUAUGAAUGAUGGCUGCAAU